GGGUUUGUAAUCAGCAGCUGAUUCAGACAGAGCGACAGACCGACAGGGUGACAGACCGACAGACCGACAGACCAGCUGUGCCGGGAGAUAGAUUGAAGUUACAGAUAAAAUGGCGUCCAUGUUGAUGAACUCUCUACGGCGCUGUCCCCCAGUCAACCCUGCUUGGGCCGUACAUUAUGCGACCCGCUCCGUCAGUACAUCAGUCCAGCACCAUGCCCAGGUCCAGACAAAGAGUAAAAACACAUUGGCUAAACCUGGAGUGAAAAACAUCGUUCUGGUGGAGGGAGUCAGAACACCAUUCCUCCUCUCAGGAACCACAUAUGCUGAUCUGAUGCCCCAUGACCUUGCCAGAGCAGCGCUACAGGGUCUGCUGCAUAAAACCAGUCUUCCUAAGGACGCUGUGGAUUACAUCAUCUAUGGAACCGUCAUUCAGGAGGUCAAGACCAGCAACGUGGCCCGAGAGGCGUCGUUGGGAGCAGGCUUCUCUGACAAGAUCCCGUCUCACACCGUCACCAUGGCCUGCAUUUCCUCCAACGUCGCUAUGACAACAGGAGUGGGGCUGAUCGCAGCAGGCCAGUGUGAUGCCAUAGUAGCUGGAGGGGUGGAGUUUAUGUCGGACGUCCCUAUUCGCCACAGCAGGAAGAUGAGGAAGACCAUGUUGGCUCUGAACAGAGCGAAGACCCUCGGACAACGCCUUAGCCUUAUAAGCUCUAUCAGGAUGGCUCAUCUCACACCUGAGCUGCCUGCGGUAGCAGAGUUUUCCACGGCAGAGACGAUGGGUCAUAGUGCGGACCGUCUGGCGGCGGCGUUCGGAGUGACUCGGCAGGAGCAGGAUGAAUUCGCUCUGCGAUCUCACACUUUAGCCAAACAGGCUCAGGAUGCAGGACUCCUCAGCGACGUCAUCAGCUUCAAGGUGCCAGGGCGUGACAUGGUCGCCAAGGACAACGGGAUCCGUCCAUCCUCCAUGGAACAGCUGGCCAAACUGAAACCUGCCUUCAUCAAACCCCAUGGCACUGUUACUGCUGCAAACUCCUCCUUCCUGACGGACGGUGCAUCAGCCGUCCUCAUCAUGUCAGAAGAGAAAGCCCUGGCCAUGGGAUACAAGCCCAAAGCCUACCUCAGAGACUUUGUGUACGUGUCUCAGGACCCCAAAGACCAGUUGCUGCUGGGGCCAGCAUAUGGAACUCCUAAAGUUCUGGCACGUGCAGGGUUAACUAUGGAUGACAUCGAUGUCUUCGAGUUCCACGAGGCCUUUGCCGGCCAGAUAAUGGCUAACCUGAAAGCGUUGGAUUCAGACUGGUUUGCUCAGACCUACAUGGGACGGAAGGCUAAGGUGGGGGCCCCUGCCAUGGAGAAGUUUAACCUGUGGGGGGGCAGUCUGUCUCUUGGUCAUCCGUUCGGAGCCACCGGCUGCCGCCUGGUAACCACGGUAGCACACCGCCUGCAGAAGGAGGGGGGCCAGUAUGGUCUGGUGGCUGCAUGCGCUGCGGGUGGACAGGGCCAUGCGAUGGUGAUCGAAGCAUACCCUCAGUAGAACAGAGGAUUCUGGGAGGACUGAGAUGAUGAUGAUGAUGAUGCAGUCUGUGUUAAACACAGGAGAAGACUACACACACACACACACACACACACACACAACCGGAGAGAACCCACCAAUUAGAGACACACAGAGGAAAAACACCCACAUUAUCAGACUGUACAUACUAACACCACUUUGCCUUGUUGGGUUAGGGCAUGUGUUUGUGUGGAGGAGAGUGGGUGUGUAAAUUAUAUCAGAGUUUUGAAGGUUGCCUUGAUGUUAGGGUGCAGCGCUGCAGUACCAUAUUCACACAGCCAGUAAUGUAACAUAGUGGGGGUAUUUCAAUAGUCUGUGGCCUCCUCUCAUUUCCUCUCAUGAAAGGAAAUACUUAGUAGGUAGUUGUCCACCGUGAUGCCAUCAGCUGUGUUCGUAUCAGUGCAGAUGGAGGAGAAGAAGCCAUUUUAGACUAUUGAGAUGCACCUUGAUCCGAUCAUUCAGAUCAAUAUGAUGCUGAUGUUUAUACUCUCUUUUUGUUUUCUUACAAAUUAAUGUCUUAUUAUUACAAUGACUGAUUUAAUAAAAAACUAAAGAACUA